AUGCGUCAGCGAGAGAUUAUCGCAGCGAGCCUCAUAUCCAGCCUUGUGCUCCUAUUCAUCAUGGUCGUCGUAGCACGCUUUCUAUGGAGCCACAAGUCCUCCAAGGACCGACCGGAAACUGAUGGCGAACGGUCUGUUGACCCAGUACAGAAAGAGACAUCCCUCCUCUCGCGAGCCCGUUCAGUCAAGUUGUUCUCAGCGCCGAAGAAGGAACGUGGACACUGGGUGCCGACUCUGUCAGGAAUCAUCAAAGCAGGAGACGAAGGCAUCUUUUCCUCCUCACUACUCAACGUACAGCAUGUUCAGCAUGGUACGCCAGGCGAGCUCUCCCUUCAGGAUGUAUACGAUGCUUUUGCGCAUGAGCUGCGCAACCGCCCCGUAGCUGAACGUGGAACCUACACCUCAGAGAUCAACAAGUUCCUUACGUCAACAAAGAAGGUGCAGCGGACACAGUCGGUCAGUGCAUCACCACCAAGGCGGCCAGAUUUAUCCAAGCGAGCAUCGCGGAAGUCAGUCGAUGGUAUUCGUAAGUCGAUCGAUUUGGGAGAUCUAGGUAUCGGUCGAACACGGUCCGUCAAGAAGUUAUCAUCACCGAAUCUUGUGUCUCUCUCCAACAGUCUACCGUUCGAGGCUGGUGGUCCUGGACCUGUACAUACACUGUGGGACCAAGACUUGCAGCACGCGCUUGUCUUUCAAGGACACACGUCAGUUCCAGUGACGGGCCACGAACUCGCGGCAUUGUCGGUUGUACUAGGGAGCCCAGUGGAUAUCAGCCUCGAUGCUCAGAACGACAAAUGCGAUACCUGGGCAAAUACCUAUAAGGGGGCACUCGGUGUUUCGAUCGCGGCAACGGCGACAAGCGAUGGAUCAUAUCACAUAUCACUGGCAUCAAACAAGCGGAACGUUUCUCAACUUCCAGCCAAAGGCUCAGGCUACUCCACCUUACACGCUAAGCAUCUUGCAUCUGGCUCGCUACCUUUCGCGUCUGACCGCAAGACCAUCAACAGCAUCCUGAUUACUCCCGAUACACUGUCGCGCUUGAAAACAGGAGAGUCUCUCUAUCUUCAGCCAACCGGCGCCGAUACCAAAGGUUCCCAGUUCCUUGCCCGUCUUCCCAACGCCCGCGCACCAAACUUCCACGCGUUGGCCCCUUCGAAAAGCGCAAACUCCACAUCCCGCCUCCUCCAUGCCGUUGGCGACCUUGUCUUCACAGGUGGCUUUACCCCCUUCGCCAGCAUCCCUCUUAUCCAAACCGUCCGCUUCGUCGCAUCCGGCGGUCUCGUCCCAGGCCGCCUCCUCCAGCGCCUAGACGCUCUCGUCGAGAAAGUCCACCGCCAGGCUCCCCACCUCCAGCUCUUCGGACCUCUUCUCGAAAACACGAACGCCCACCUCCGCUUCCGCGUCAACGAGAGACUUUCCAGACUCGCCAGGGGCACCCUCACAGAUGAAGCGCUCGCGGACAAAGUCGCGCGCAUGAGCCGCUACACUACCCUACUGGAACGCCUCAUGGCUCUCGUCCCCGACAUGCGUCCCGCGGAUGUUCUAGCCGCCGUGCGAGACGGUCUGAAGGCCGAGAUGGAGCGCUCGUACGAAGACGCCGUUGCUGCGCAUCUCAUCGGGGGAACUAUCCUUCCUGACUCUACAAGCAAGCGCAACUCGAGCGUCUCAAGGAAAGACACGCGUCGGAGGUCGAGACUCUCGGACAACGACUCUUCUGGGACGGCGUCGCCUGAUGGACAGGCGAGCGGAAGACCUAGUUCUACGUUUCCGGUGCAUAAUCUGGGCAGACAGGUUGAAGACGUGCUGAAGGGGAGCUUGCCUUUGGACGUGCAGACUGUUGUUCAUGUUGCGAGACUUGUGCUCGUGGCGUGGACGUUGAGCGUGGAGGGUGUGGCGUGGGGGCAGGGGAGGUUGGGUUCAGGGUGGUGGACCGGGGCGGUUGCCGGAGAAGAUGUACAUGUGGUGAGUGGUAGAAUGUUAGUUAUGUCUGUUUUGGGUGGGUUGGAUUGGUCCGGAUACGGCGUUUGGUUUGCUCGGGGCUUGCAUUCACGGCGGCGAGAGAUACCAUUGCACUUUACGAACAGUAUGAUUUGCGGGACAAGGCUUGUACAAGUUUACACGGAUAUAAUUCACUUCACCUCGUACUAUGAGAGAAUCAAAAUGGGAGAUCUAUGGUCGACUGAGGCGACGCGAGGCGUUUCGUUUCUGGUCAUUCCCAGCGAUGAUAUGAUGAUUCGAGUGCGUCGUCCAUCAACCGUGGCCCAAGCUCCCGGAGAAGUAAAGCAAUGCCGCACCUACAAAAACAGGUAG